AUGGAAAACUAUGGUUACCUAGCCACUGUCACCCAGGUAAACUCAGGUGAUAUUGACAAAGGGGGCUGGAUUGGACUGUAUCGAGUGGGGGGCAAGACCUGGAACUGGACGGGUAGUUUAGGAUCUAGCUACAGAAACUGGGCACCAGGACAGCCAGUCACUGCAGACUGUGGCUCUUUGGAUGCUUCUGCCGGAGGCUGGGUAGCCUAUGCAUGCUCUAAAGAGUUUUCCUCUAUAUGCUUUUAUGACAACCUGGUGGUGGUGAAUGAGAACAAGACAUGGGAGGAUGCCUUGAUUCACUGCAGAAGGAUGAAAGCAUCAUGUUCUGGCUGUAAGUACGACCUCCUGAGCCUGACCGAUGUCUCUCAGUACAACUAUGUCAGAGACAGGAUCUACAGAGCAACUACUGAUGAGGCUUGGAUUGGCUUGCGCUUCAUGGGAGGAAAAUGGUUUUGGUUAAAUGGAGACAAACCAGGUCCUGAGGAUAUGCUGCCAGACUGUCCGCCCAACUGGGAACACUGUGGGACUUUGUCCAAAUUUGACACAAACAGCACGUGGAUGAUCAGGGACUGCGCAGAAAGAAGAAACUUUGUCUGCAUUCAAGUAACCUCAUAGUGAAUGAAACUGGCAAAUGCU